CCGACGCCUCCCAGCAGCUGGCAGCGGCAGCCGCAGUCCACUGCGAGAUGUCGGACGCCGCGGUGGCCGUGGAGGCGGAGGCGGUGCCCACCACCCCAGAGCAGGUGCUGGCGGCGGGCGGCGUGUCCCGGAGGCGGCGCGGCACCUCCGCCAGCGGCAAGAGGCGCAGCCCCUCCGGGGGCGGCAGUUCGCGCCGGCGACCGCCCACGCCGGAGCCGCACGCCGUGCCGCCUCCGGAGGAGGACGACGAGCCGGCCUCGAAGAGCGACAGGCCGUCGUCGCCGCCGCCCCCAGCGCCGCGGGACGAGCCUCCAGUUCCCCCGGUGAAGGCACGCAAGAAAGCUCGCAGCGACAAGUCGGCCACCAGGAGGAGCCAGUCCGCCAGCAGGGACGCCGAGGAACUGAUAGCCGCCGUGGAGGCGGACAUCGCGGCGGCGAGCCAGAACGGCCAGGAGCAAGUCGUGUCCGGCAAGAUCGCCUUCGUAGAUGGUCAGGUGUCCACCACCACUGAAACUAUAGUGACCCACACUAAGAGGUUCACUGUGGAGAAGGUGGACCCGGCAGUGCUCCAGAAGGAGUUCGCGGCAGCGGAGGAGAAGACUGAGCUCAGAUCGAGCCACGACAAUAAUAUAAUUCAGACGACAGCCGUGGUAGAGGCCAAGCCUAGGUCGGAAGAAAAGACAGAGAAAAAAGACAAAGUAGUUAAGGCGAAAGAAGCUACAGCGCCGAAGGAAGCGGUGUGGGGCCCGUUCCUGCGCGACGUCUACCGGGAGUGGGGUGCUUUCAAGAGGCAGUACGCCGGCGAGUACAACCGCAUCCUGUCGAAGCGCAACCAGUGUGUGGCCGAGCUACUGCUGAUGGUCAUCUUCUGCGGGCUCGGCGGGCUGCUCUUCCGCUUCACGGAGGGCGCCUUCGAGUCGUUCUACAAGUGCGGCGUGAAGCGCGUCAAGCGGAACUUCAUCGACGACCUGUGGCUGAGCAGCCACAACCUGCGCGAGGAGGACUGGAAGUCGGUGGCGCGCCGCCGCCUCAUGGAGCUGGAGAACCAGCUGCACGCCGCCCACGAGGCGGGUGUCACCUCGUACAGCGGCCAGCGCGCCUGGAGCUUCGUCAACGCCAUCGUCUACUGCCUCACCGUCGUCACCACCAUAGGCUACGGACACAUCUCGCCCAAGACGACGACGGGACGCGCAAUCACGAUCGUGUACGCCAUAUUCGGCAUUCCGCUGUUCCUGAUCCUGUUGGCGGACUUCGGCAAGCUGUUCACGCGCGCCAUCAAGUUCCUGUGGGCCUUCGUGCGCCGCCUCUACUACACCGGCAGCUGCAAGCGCGUGCGCAGGACUGCCCCUGUCCAGGAGGUGUGGAAGGGCGUGCAGCUGGUGUACGACUUCGCGACGUUCCGCCGGCCCAGCCAGGUGCCGCCGGGGACUGACCCCGGGGCCCUGGAGGACGCGGAGGCGAGCGUGCCGCUCAACAGACCGCAGUCCGACGCCGCCCCCGCAGUCGCCGCCGCUCCGCCAGGUGUGCCGCCGGUAACCACGGCCCCGCCCGGACAGACGGUGCUGCCCCUAGACGGGCUCGAACCCGGCACCCCGGCGCCCUCCGCCUUCGAGGUCGACGACGAGUUCAACCUGCCCAUCUCGAUCGCCAUCUUCAUACUGCUCGCCUACAUCUUUGUCGGUGCCGCAAUCUACUUCGUGUGGGAAGACUGGGGAUUUUUCGAGUCCUUCUAUUUCGUCUUCAUAUCGAUGUCGACAAUCGGAUUCGGCGACUUCGUUCCUCAGCACCCAAUGUACAUGAUGGCUUCCAUUGUCUACUUGGUAUUCGGUCUGGCCCUAACAUCUAUGUGCAUCAACGUUGUACAGAUAAAGCUGUCCGACAGCUUCCGGCAGGCGAGCGCCAAGCUGGGCGCCACGAUAGGCCUGCGCGUCACUGACGAGGACGGCGUCGCGACGCCCAUCCCGGCGACGCCGGUCGUCGACCUGAGCGACGUGCAGCCGUCCCUCGGCAAGUCGGCGUCGACGUGAGCGUCAGCGGCGCCGCAGUGCCCGCCUGCGGAGCCCACCGCCUGCUCUCCGUCCCGGGGCUUCGCUCGUCGCAUUAGCUGGCUGGCCGUGCCAGUCGCUCCCUGCUGAAAGAGAAAAUUUCACUUUGACUGCCAUGCUUCGGCUGCUAUGCCCGUAAGAAAACGUCUCCACGAAAGCAGACAGAGAACACACGGUAGACUAUUCCGCUGGGCAGGUUCCCACAAGUACUGAAAUAUCUCAGAAUAAUGUUUGAGGAACGUGGUACUGGUUCCUCAGUCUUGUACUACGAUAGUGACCGCACUGCGUUUUCCUGUGUCUCUGAGGGGAACAGUAACGCGUAAGACCUCCACUUUCAUUCACCGUCCAUACAGUGAAACUUGCAUCUUAGCCAGAUGCAGGUCAAAGAGCCUAUCCGAGGAUGUAUCUGGAUUGUGGUAUGUUUGUCCAUGGAAUUGAUUGAUAUCUGCGAUUGUAUCACCUAAUUUAUAAAAUGUGGCUUUUUCAGCUGCAGUUAUAUUUAUUUUACCCAUUUUUAUUGGCAUCAUAGGUUUCGUCCGAUGCUGCCAUCAUAAGGUGUGUUAAUUUUUACUUUUUCAUCAACUAGACUGCUGUUCAUCGUGAGAAAGUUUUUUCUGGAAGUGGCAGUGAAUUUAAGUUACGAAAUAUUGUCGUCAUUCUUUGGGAAGACUAAUUUAUGACAGCGUGUGCCCUUUUGUGUCUGUGAUUUUUUUAAUAGCUACAAACUUAUUUUUAUUUACAUGUAGUGGGUCACACAGAUUGCAAGUACAGACAGAGCAUCACCACCCUCCUCUUCUGGAUCAUUUGUUUACAAUGGAGAGUUAGUACUAAGAAACGCAUAAAAAUGAUUAAAAGUCAGUAAGUACAGAAAAUCACACUUCAUAAAAGUG